GGUCGAUCCUGCCUCUGGUACCCCUUGCGCUGUACUGCCUAGUUUGCCAUAGAGUGCCUAUUGACACAUGAAUCUCCUUGACGGGAGGUUAUCUUCUCACUUGGCUGCAUCCACGUCUUUCCCGCGAAUCAGUGGGAUGUAAAUUCCCCAUCAAUGGAUGAUGGCUUCAUUCACUGCAAUAUUCAACACACACAUGCAUGCCUUGGCUGUCGCUACGAUGAACUAAGUGACCCCGGGAACGUCUGUUCAUAGGUCUGUCCAUCACGGCUACUCAGUAUAUGUGUGUAUAUACACAGGGCAACUGACACGUCCCGCGCAGACGAUAGGUAUGUUGCAGCAGACGACAUCUGCUGUGUGAAGCGCGCGGCAUAUGAGGACUGACGGACAGAUUUCACUGAGGCUGGGCGCAUGUGACACUCGCCUUCUCCUCCACGCGGAGUGUUUGUGGGUCAGUACAUGUUCUUGAAUUUCGGAUCAGCGGGUCUUAGCGUCGGAUUAUGCCAGUUUCUUCAACUCGACGCUAGUGGUCAACGCUCGUGACGAAGUGUUCUCGCUGUCAGCCACGUGACCAUACAACGUCGCCGUGCGCUGCCGCCAAUUAGAGCAGGAUACUGCUCGCUGACAGUAGUCGCGCAUUCGUCACGUAAUCGAAAGUAGAGUCACAAGUCUCUGGUGGUAACUUGUGCCAAGUUCCAGGUGUGUCAGCCCGCCUGUCAGUGUGGCUGAUCGGCGUGAUGCAUUGUGGGCCUGGUUCAGACAGGGGCCCCGAGGAUGUGUUGUUUCGCGACUGCUUGUUUGGGAGUAGUGUUGUUCACCUGCGUCUUCGUGGCACCGUUGGUCUCAGCAGUGACAAACAUAACCAUUGGAUACCUUACAACUUCCAAAGCGGACACAUUUGUCCGAAACAUGCAGGGUCGACUUAUUUCUGGUGCCAUUACUUAUGCUAUCAAAAAGAUCAAUGAAGAGAAUAUGGUACCUGGGUACCGGUUCAAACUCGUAUGGAACGAUACCCACGCUGAUACCCUGGUAUCCCUGAAAAGUCUGGCCGAGCAGUGGAAGGCCGGGGCGGUAGUCUUCUUUGGACCCGAGGAUAGCUGUACCGUGGAGGCUCGUCUCGCUGCGGCUUUUAAUCUUCCCAUCAUAUCUUAUAAAUGCUCAGAUUACGAGGUAUCCGACAAGAAACUUUAUCCGACAUUCGCCAGGACAUUUCCCCCCGCGACUCAAGUGACGAAAUCUAUUAUCUCUCUCCUGCUGCAUUUUCAUUGGCACCGCUACACGCUCGUCGUAGGAUCGUCACACCAGGAUCAGACAUUUGCCGACAAACUUUCGGAAUUGUCGAAGCGUCACAACAUCACCAUCAACAAGCGGAUGAAGUAUAAAGAGCCUCACAUCCCAGUCAUUACAGGAAAUCCAUUCCCUGGCAUCGUAGAUGAAACCUAUAUCGGAACUAGAGUGUACGUGUUCCUGGGCGAGGUGAACGGUGUAGUGGACUUGAUGACCAACUUGUAUGACCGUGGGCUGCUGGACACUGGCGACUACAUCGUCAUCUACGUCGACCACAACACCUUCGACAGCAAGGACCCUCUGAAAUACUUCAAGAGGACUAUGGAUAUCUUCAACGACACCCGGAACCUUGAAGCGUCACGGUCACUGCUGGUGGUGACGUACAGCCCGCCGUCAGACCCCACGUACGUGGAUUUCCAGAGACAGGUCAACCGUUACAACGAGAUGCCGCCAUUUAAUUUUCCAGACCCAUUCAAAUCUAAAAAGAUCACCGUGUUCGCGGCAUACUUGUACGAUGCUGUCAUGUUGUAUGCCGAUGCCUUGAAAGAAGUACUUCGGAAAAAUGGCAACCACAGCGACGGCACAGCCAUCAUUAAUUGCAUCCGGGAUCGCUCCUUCACAAGUGUCCAGGGAUACCUAUCACACAUCGACGCCAAUGGGGAUGCCGAGGGCAACUACACCGUCCUAGCUAGGGCCCAAUACAAGAGCUACUUCUCCGAGUUCUCGAUGAGACCCGUGGGCCACUUCCAUAUCGAGGGGUCAAGUCUUAUACCGAAUUUCCGGCUGUUUGACGGCAAGGAAAUCGACUGGAUCCUCGGCCAUCCGCCUCGCGAUGAACCAGAAUGUGGAUACCUAGCAGAGAGGUGUAUACCACCAAAACAUUACACCGUAGAGAUUGUGUUCGGUGUACUUGGAGGCAUGAUGUUUGUUGUUAUCAUCAUCCUGCUCAUCAUCUACAGGAACUGGCGCUACGAGCAGGAGAUUGCUGGUCUGCUGUGGAAGAUUGACAUCAAUGACCUGAAGACUGGGCACAACCUCCAUCAGUCUGUGGACAGAGCCAAGCAUGGAAGCCGGAUGACCCUAUGCAGUCAACAGUCCUUCGACUCAAAGCUGUCACUCAAUCAGCUGUUCGCGCAGACCGGAAGUUACAAGGGACAGGUGGUUGCCCUGAAGAUCUAUGAGCUGAAGAACUUUGAUGUGAACAGGAAGAUGAAGAAAGAUAUGAAACUCAUGCGAGAUCUGAGACACGACAAGGUGAACGCCUUCAUCGGCGCCUGCAUCGACCCGCCCUGUUUCAUCAUCAUCACAGAGUACUGCAGUAAAGGAAGUCUUCAGGACAUCCUGGAGAAUGAAGACCUGAAGCUGGACGAUAUGUUCCUGGCGUCCCUCAUCAAGGACCUCCUACAGGCGAUGAUCUUCCUCCACGACAGCGAGCUGAUUUACCAUGGCAACCUGAAGAGCUCCAACUGUGUUGUGAGUAGCUGGUGGACACUGCAGGUGGCCGACUUCGGCCUGCUAGAGGUCAGGGCGGCGACAUACCGGAAGGAGGACGAGCACGCAUACUACAGGAACUUGUUGUGGUCGGCACCCGAGUUGCUACGGAAACAGGCGCCGUCGGGGACUCAGAAAGGGGACAUCUACGCAUUCGCCAUUAUUCUUCAUGAAAUCUUCGGUAGAGCGGGACCCUAUGGAUUCUGUAACCUGUCUCCUAAAGAGGUGGUGGAGUUAGUAAAGGCCCCAAUGACGAACCCCUUCCGCCCUGACACGUCGCCCCUGACCUGUGAGAGUUAUGCAGUCCGCUGUAUGAUCGACUGUUGGAGUGAGCAGCCUGAAGACAGACCCGACUUCAAGAUUAUCUGGAACAAACUCAAGUCCAUGCGGACGGGGAUGAAGAGGAACAUCUUCGACAAUAUGCUCGCUAUGAUGGAGAAGUACCAGGAGAACCUGGAGGAGUUGGUCGAGGAGAGGACGGAGCAGCUCAUCGAGGAGAAGAAGAAAACAGACGCCCUUCUUCACAGAAUGUUACCCAAGUCAGUGUCCGAGCAGUUGAAGCGUGGUGAGCCGGUCAUCCCCGAGACGUUCAGCUCCGUCACCAUCUACUUCAGCGACAUCUGCGGCUUCACCAAGCUGUCUGCGGAGAGCUCCCCUAUGCAGAUUGUGGACCUCUUGAACGACCUCUACACGUCCUUCGACUCCAUCAUCGAGCACUACGACGUAUACAAGGUGGAGACAAUCGGCGAUGCAUACAUGGUGGUCAGUGGACUUCCGGUCAAAAAUGGCGAUAACCACGCCGGGGAGAUCGCCUCUAUGGCGCUGGAUCUGCUGACAGCCAUCAAGAAGUUUGAGAUACCACAUCGGGCAAAUGAUACCCUCAAACUCAGGAUCGGAAUACAUUCGGGUCCCUGUGUGUCGGGGGUGGUCGGGGUGACGAUGCCGCGGUACACGUUGUUCGGUGACACCGUCAACACCGCCUCCAGGAUGGAGACAAACGGAGAGGCCUUAAUGAUCCAUUUGAGUGCCGACUGUAAGAAGACGUUAGACAUCCUUGGAGGCUACAUCGUGGAAGAGCGGGGACUGGUCAACAUGAAGGGCAAGGGAGAUAUGCUGACGUACUGGCUACUUGGAGAGAACAAGGAAAUACGAAAGCUUCGUUUGGCUAAAGCGGGACGCAACAACUCAUCGAGGGCUGCUCCUACUUCCGGUUCCGACUCUCUCCGACGACGGGUGCUGGGUGGUUCAAGGUCACGAACAGACAAUCAGAAAAGUCCCGAGUUGUCGCCAAACGACGUGAACUCAACUGAUGGCUACCUCUGGGACUUUCUCAAGACCACUGACAAUAAUCACGUGUGUUUAGACGGGGAUUCUCCUUCUCACCACUCAUUUAGAUCGAGAUUAAACACGUUCAGGGAUUCGGUGAAAAAGAAAUAUGCAUCCUCCAAAGAGAGGCUUUCAAAUGAUUCCAAAUCAAAUUCAAGAGACCAUUUACAGAUUUCAGUGCCUGACAAAAACAGUCCCAAUCCUAGGCGUAGUGUAGUGAACGACGUCGACAGCGUUAGUCAGUACGACAACGCUCCGCCGGAGACUGAGUGUUUAUUGUGUAACGCCAACACUGCUAAUCCGUCCGAGAUUAUCUCCCUAGGAGCCAAGAGGCGCAGCACGACCGGGGAGUUUGAACUAUUCGUAGUGGAGAAGAAAGUAUGAUAGAAGUUAUAUAUCCAUCUAAUGUGAUCACGUCGUCAAUACGUCACAGAUGUUGUAAACACCACGUUCCUCCAUCACCCGUAGAUACAUACGACCGUUCUGCGCUGUAGUCGUGACGUGGUGCUGUUAAACUUAGCUGAUGAAAUUGAGUCUGUUUAUAUAAUUGGAGUCAAUAGAACUCCGUGCUAAAACUUUGUGCAAACCCUACUAUUGCCUGCUAUUGAAGCAAUGUAGUGUCUGCGAGUUUUGAAAAGUAUUCCAGUGAUAUCAGCUUGAUCUGGGAGGAAAGCCGGAAGCGAUGCAGGUCUCAGACGUUAAACGUUUGGGUGAAACCCACGAGUAUGGUGCUGACAAACCUAGAAACAUAAUCGGGGCGAACCGGGAUUCGAACCAACCAUAGGCUUCUGGCGUGCACAAGGGAAGCAACUCUGAAUGUCGGCAGUGGGUACAAUGCAAUGAUACCGUUUGAUCACCCAUUGACCCGAGCCCUUCUGGUAAUCGCUGGAUUAGUUUCGUUUGUUUAAAAAAAGCGACUACGUAGCAACGCGGCCGUAUGUAUUCACGGGUGAUUUGGAACGUAGUGUACCCAACCCCAGAAGUACUGACAGUGAUCGAAUCAGGAAUCCCAGUGCAUUGGAAUCCAGUGCCAGAUUAUGAUGAUGACGAUUUUAUAUGUGAUUGCGCGUUAACCAGUUUUAAUUUAUGUUGUGUUAUCGGACGUAAACCGGUUAUAGUUGUAGUGGCGUUUCAGUAUAACCGGUUGCAGUUCAAUGUGUUACAAAAUAACCGGUUUCAGUUAAUACUUCAGUGCUUCAAGGUUCCUUCGCAGGAGAUAUACGAUACUUCGCGGAAAACUGGUGCAAGUGACGAAGUUACGCAAAGGUCAACUAACGAAUCAAACAAAUAUUCAAGCCCCAGAACAAAAGGUGUCCAGGGCAACAAGCAGCAGAAGAGAAAGGCAUUGAUACUACUUCCGGUGACUCGAAGUGGGAGCUCAGGUGUCGAAGAAUUUGACACAACCAGGUUCUUGAAAAAAGAGAGCUUGUGAUAUGACCUCUGGCGAUACCUUCAAGAAAAUGAGAUGACCGACUUAAAAAUACCGAAUCACAUUAUCGGAUCUUGUACUAUGACUUUAUGGUAUUUGCAGCUUAAGAAUGCACAACAUGCAAAGUCAGACGUGUUUAAAACAUAUGCUUAUAUUAAAAAUCGCCAACAUAACAAGAUACUGUUCACGUGACACUUCGACAUUUGAGAUGAGAGCGAAAAGUCCAAUAUGCAGCUUCAUCAACAUUUAUGUUUUGAAAAAAGAAAUACAAUCUAAAGCGACAUCAAAGUUUAUGUUUUUGAAAAGAAGUCCAAUCUGAACCUUCAUCAAUGUUUAUGUCUUUUACAAAAGAUUGAAAAUAGGUUUUAGCGAAAAACCCUGCGCAGAGUAUUCACGUGACAAUUACAGACAUAUUUCUCAACAGUGCUAGUAUAUUUGAAACCAACCAUUUUACUCUGGAGAAAAACACAUUUGAUGCUCCAAAAACUAAGUAUUAUUUUCAAAUGUUGAGGCGAUUGUGAUAUUUCAUGAGCUGACUCCACAGUCACAUGUGUCUUGUGACUCUUUGGGCCAGUUCUAUAAUCCGGACACACCAAGGACAUUAUUCUGCUUUGAGACAAUUCAUCUGUGUGUGAUCUGUGCUGUUUUACCAUGUUUAUAUUUUACACCAAUUUGAGACAAUGUUUUUUUGUGAUCACCAUGGUUACCUUUGUGCUUGUGCUCUACCACUAUGACGUGGAAACUGUUGACACACUCAUUAAAGUUUCCUAUUAGUGUUAA